AUGCCGAGGUUGAGCAUGGAAAUUGUCUCCCACAAAUUUUCGAUCCAUCCAUCAUUUAGCCCAAUGAAACAGAAAACUCAAAAAUUCAAUCCAGAUUUGAGUUUGAGGAUCAAAGACGAAGUCUCAAAACAAAUCGAAUCGAAUGUCAUCGAGGUAACCAAAUAUCCUACUUGGUUGGCCAAUAUCGUUCCAGUACUGAAGAAAGAUGGCAAGAUCAGGAUAUGUGUAGAUUAUCGAGAUCUCAACAAAGCGAGUCCCAAAGAUAAUUUCCCUUUGCCCAACAUCAGCAUACUCAUCGAUAACUGCGCUAAGCAUGAGUUGCAAUUAUUAGUGGAUUGUUUUACAGGAUACCAUCAGAUCCUAACGGAUAAGGAGGAUGUGGAGAAGACAGCUUUCAUCACGCCUUGGGGAGUUUAUCACUACCGCAAAUUCUUCGAUAGGCUGCGGAGGUAUAACCUAAAAUUGAACCCAGCCAAGUAUGCAUUCGGCAUUCCAGCAGGGAAGCUACUGGGUUUCAUAGUUAGCAGGAGAGGCAUAGAACUGGAUCCUUCCAAAAUUAAGUUACUACGGAAAUAUGCUCCAACAGAAUGGACAGAGCAGUGCCAGAAGGCCUUUGAUAAGAUCAAAGAUUACCUCUCUAAUCCACCAGUGCUGGUACCGCCACGACCUGACAUUCCUUUGUUGCUAUACUUGUCCGUGUUAGAUAAUGCAUUUGGGUGGGUGUUUGGGCAACAUGAUGAGAUUGGGAAGCUGGCUAAAUGGCAGAUGUUGUUGAGUGAUUUUGAUAUUGUGUGCAUGACCCAGAAAUCUGUCAAGGGACAAGCCUUGGCCGAUCAUCUUGCAGAAAACCCGGUUGAUGAAGAGUAUGAGCCUCUUAGGACAUAUUUCCCUAAUGAAGAAGUAUUGCUCGUAAGCGAAUACAUUGCAGAAUCAUACCCUGGUUGGAGGAUGUUCUUUGAUGGGGCGGUAAACUUCAAAGGAUCCGGAAUUGGAGCUGUAUUGGUAUCUGAAUCUGGACAACACUAUCCGGUUGCAGCAAAGCUCAGAUUCAAGUGCACUAACAACAUAGCAGAAUAUAAAGCGUGCAUCAUGGGUUUGAGAUUAGCCCUCGAUAUGAACAUUCAAGAACUUUUGGUGAUUGGUGAUUCAGAUUUGCUGAUUCAUCAGGUUCAAAGGGAAUGGGCCACAAAGAAUGCCAAGAUUCUGCCAUAUCUACAUCUUGCACAAAAACAAUGCAAAAGGUUCAGAAAGAUCGGGUUUAAGCACACCCUGAGAAUACAGAAUAAGUUUGAUGACGUCCUCGCCACCAUAUCUUCCAUGAUACAACACCCAGAAAAGAGCUAUAUUGAUCCACUUGAAAUAAGUUUGAAGGAGCAACACGCUUAUUGUUCAUAG